AUGGCCUCGUCAUCUAACAACUUUGGCGAUGAUCAUUUUGAUGAUAUUUGUGAUGACACAUUUGACGAAAUUUGUGAUCAACAUUUCGACAACGUUUUAAGUUCUUUUCUUGAGGAUCAAGCAAGACCUAAACCAAAGAAGAAGAAAAGAGCUUAUAUUGAACGACACCGCGAACAAGGCCACAACCGCUUGUGGAACGACUACUUCAGCGAAGAUGCUACAUAUCCCCAUCAUUUAUUCCGCCGUCGGUUUAGAAUGAACAAAACUUUGUUCAUGCGAAUUGUUGAACGACUCUCACAGGAAUUCCCUUUUUUCCAACAAAGGAGAGAUGCUAUCGGAAGGCUUAGUCUAUCUGGAUUACAGAAAUGUACGGCGGCAAUUCGAAUGAUGGCAUACGGGAGUGCGGCUGAUGCAGUUGACGAGUACCUCCGGCUUGGUGAAAGUACGGCAAUUUCAUGCUUGGAAAAUUUCACCGAGGGAAUAGUUUCAUUGUUCGGGGAUGAAUACCUAAGAAGACCGACACCAGAAGAUCUUCAACGUUUACUGGAUGUAGGACAGGAACGUGGAUUUCCAGGGAUGAUUGGGAGCAUUGAUUGCAUGCAUUGGGAGUGGAAAAAUUGCCCUACUGCUUGGAAAGGGCAAUAUACCCGGGGUGCAGGAAAACCAACAAUUGUCUUAGAGGCGGUGGCAUCAUACGAUCUUUGGUUUUGGCAUGCCUUUUUUGGACCUCCAGGUACUUUGAACGAUAUUAAUGUUCUUGAACGUUCACCUGUAUUUGAUGACAUUUUACAAGGACGAGCUCCAAGAGUCAGGUUUUCUGUCAACGGACACGAGUAUCGUUUGGCAUAUUAUCUCACCGACGGCAUUUAUCCGAAUUGGGCUACUUUUAUCCAGUCAAUUCAUCUACCUCAAAAUGAAAAAGAUUCAUUCUUCGCCAAAUGUCAAGAAUCCGUACGGAAAGAUGUCGAAAGAGCGUUUGGAGUCUUGCAAGCACGAUUUGCCAUUGUCAAGAAUCCGGUUCUCAUUUGGGAUAAGAAAAAGAUAGGAAAGAUUAUGAGGGCAUGUAUCAUAUUACACAAUAUGAUAGUGGAAGACGAGCGAGAUGACAAAACUCAAUAUAAUUUAUCAGAGUUUGAACAAGGUGAGGGAAGCAGAACUUCACAAGUCGAUAUGGAUUAUUCAACUGAUAGACUCACAAAUCUGCACAACAUGAUGGGCAUUCGUAAUAAAGUUCGUGAUAACCGAACCCAUCACCAACUGAAAUCUGAUUUAGUUGAACAUCUAUGGUAUACAUUUGGAUCAACUAAACAGUAG